AUGGCGAAACUAGACAUCAAGAUUCCUGAUAUGGAACUGCCCGAUGGCAAUAAGAUACCAUUUAUCGGAUACGGAUUGGGCACGGCAUGGUACAAGACCAGUGCGGACGCGCCCAAGGAUCAAGCAACCAUUGAUGCCACGAAAACCGCCAUCAAGGUGGGAUAUAGACACAUCGAUGGGGCAGAAGUGUACAACACGGAAGUGGAACUGGGUGAGGCGGUCAAAGAGAGCAAGAUUCCCCGCGACCAGCUCUUUAUCACCACCAAAGUUAUCACCCAUAUCGACGACAUCCCAAGUGCCAUUGAUCGAAGCCUGAAGAAAAUGGGACUUGAUUACGUUGACCUGUACCUCAUCCAUGCUCCGUUUUUCGCCAAAGGGGAUGACAAGCUGCUCCAGCAAAAAUGGGCACAAAUGGAAGAGGUCGCAGCUUCAGGCAAGGCCAAAAGUAUCGGUGUCAGCAACUUCCUAAAGCCUCACCUGGAUGCUAUUCUUCAGACAUGCAAAGUCCGACCGGCUAUCAACCAGAUUGAAUUCCAUCCGUACCUACAGCACGGAGACCUGCUUGCCUACCAUAAGAACAAAGAUAUUCGGGUUGCUGCCUAUGGUCCCCUUACCCCCGUCACCAGGGAGAAGGGAGGCCCAGUUGAUGGCUUGUUGGAGUCAUUGGCGAAGAAAUAUGCUGUGAACCCGGGUGAAAUACUGUUGAGAUGGUGCGUGGACCAGAAUGUUUUGCCCAUCACCACGAGCUCCAAGGAACAGCGGAUGAGCGACAUGCUGCGAGUCUUUACCUUUGAAUUGACACCCAAGGAAGUUGAAGAGAUUUCUACAGAAGGGAACAAGCACCAUUUUAGAGCAUUCUGGGGGCACAUUUUUGACGCGAAUGAUCGGUCCUGA